AUGCUUGCGACGGAAGAAGGUGACACAAUCGCAUUACAUAUUGAGCAGGGUUUAAGGCCCGCCAAGUUAGCUGUCUGGAACAAGCUGAUUCCGAGUCUGGUUCAAAGGGGUCGGAAGCUGACGGAUAGUAGGAAUCAGCAAAAGCUAAACAAAGAUACCAUCACGGAAUUCGGAGGGGACGCCUUGAGUCAGCAGAGUGCAUUAAGAACGAAGAGCAUUGGUAAGCACUAA